AUGAGCUCGAACACCAUUUUGAAGGAAGAUGAGAGUCAGCACUUCUCACCGUACAGAGCAGAUGGCAAGCUGUAUGGCUUUGUGUGCAUAGUUACAGGCGCGACACAAGCAAUUGGCAAGGCCAUUGUCCAUGAGCUGGCAGCUCACGGUGCCGCUUGUAUCUACGCCUGCUCCAACCUUCCCUCCGACCCAUAUCAAGAACUCGCCGAUGAAGUCAACGCGCUCUGGCCAAACACAAAGGUCAUCGGCUACCCAUACGGCUUGAAAGAGGAGGAUACCUUGACUUUGAUCGACGAUACUUUCGAGACCAACAGCAUGGCACCCUUCUUCGCACUCAAGUACGCACCUCCCGCCAUGGCAAAAACAACACCCAAAGGCAACUAUGCCAAUGCUGCUCCCAAAGAUGUAGCUUAUGGUAGCAUCAUUGUCGUUUCCUCAGUUGCCAGCACCUAUGGCGGCUGCUGGGGUCCCGCCUUCACAAUGUCAUCUCACGCCGCACUCGGUGUCGUUCAUUCUGGCGUGGCUGUCUUGAAAGGCAGUAACGUGCGUAUCAAUGCCAUCAGCCCUGGUCAGAUUGAUGUAGGAGUCAGCUUGCAGGGUAUGGAUAUGAGAGGACUCAGCAAUCAGCUGCCACCCAGUGAUCUGCAGACCGAAGAGGUCAGGAGAAAGAUUGUAGGGUUGGAGAGGUCAGGCACUGCCAAAGAGGUUGCGAGGGUGGCUGGAUUCUUGGCAUCUGGCUUUAGCAGUUAUAUUACUGGUAGUAAUAUGGUUGUUGAUGGAGGUGCGUCGGUCAUGAAUCCGCUCACCGUUCCAGUCUAG